GUAGUUCGCUCGCCGUCUCUCGCUCUCGGCGCCACUGUUCCCACUUAAAAUAAGCUUUUGUACUGGGCGCCGACGAUCGAAGGCGGCGAGUGUUAAGUAGUCGAACCUACAGUGUUCUCGCAAGUAGACGCGUUAAAACAGAAACCGAAACUGAGACCCCUAUAUUUAAUACCAAGUGACGUCGAAACAACGGCCAAUAGCAAUCCGUUCAAGUGCUUUUAACCUCGUCCCAUAUUGUUGCUGUCUGACGAAGCGUGUUUGUGAGUGCCUGCCUACCGAAAUUACCAACGAGCAUAAAGCAAGAGAGGAGGACGAUGUCCACCAACCUGCAAAAGGCCACCCCUGAGGAAAUUCGCCAAGCGGCCGCUCGCAUUUGCCGGGACUAUCUAACCGGACGUUGGAAAGUGGUUUCUCCAGAGAAUUUGGUGGUCAAGCGCGUAAGUGGAGGUUUGUCAAACUUCUUGUAUUACGUAAGCCUUCCCGACUUUGAUGACUUCGAUGAGCUGGAGGAACAACAACAGCAGCAGGCAAAUGUCAACAUCAGCAAAGACGUCAUAGCCACCGCAACUUUGUCCAAUAAUAGCCCCGUUUACACAUGCGACCAUGCAGAGGAGGCCAGGCCGGUAGGCGUGACAUCGUUGGCUCCGGAAUUGGCAAGUAAUGAAGACGACGAUGAUGACGACGCAGCAACUAUCGCCAAACAGGCGCACAAGCGUCAGCGGUUCGACAGCGAUAGCCGCGACUCGAGUUUGAUGAAGCGAUUGCACGCCCCAAAACAAGAACCCCGUGAGGUCCUGCUGCGCAUCUAUGGACAGUCCCACGGCGAUCACGCGCUGGACAGCAUGAUCACAGAGUCGGUGGUGUUUGCGUUGCUCAGUGAGCGGAACUUUGGACCCAAGCUGCACGGAAUCUUUCCCGGGGGACGCAUUGAGCAAUAUAUUCCUGCACGUUCCCUAACCACUGCGGAAUUGGGAGAGCAACGCAUAUUAAUGAAAGUGGCUGAGAAAAUGGGCGAAAUUCACAGCCUGAAUAUUCCCAUGUCGAAGGAACCGGAUUGGAUAUGGAACUGUAUGCAGCGUUGGGUGACUGGCCUGGAAAACAUUGUGAAAGGCAAUGUCGAAUCGAAACCAAAAUCUUCAGUACUGGAGAAGCAAAUGGAAUUGAUGCGCACCUUCGAUUACGUGCAGGAGAUCGCAUGGAUGAGAUCGGUGAUCGAUGAAGGCGAAUAUCCAGUUGUGUUUUGCCACAAUGAUCUCCAGGAGGGAAACAUACUGCUGCGUCAGCCGACGGUUGGACAAAACGAACGCACGCCGCGGGAGUCAAUAAGUAGUCUUAGAUCCAAUUUCGACGAAACUUUGGGCGAUAGCCUUGAUGGCAACAGCAACAUCUCGGAACCGGAGACAUCUAAAUCGCACAGCAUUUCGCCAACGCCUUGUCCAGAGUUGGACACAACGAACGACUCAGCGCUCGAUGCCAGCUUUACUACCGAUAAUGAGCCGGAUCUUAUUAUCAUAGACUUUGAGUACUGUGCUUACAACUAUCGUGGCUAUGAUCUUGCCAAUCACUUCAUUGAAUGGACCUUCGACUAUACCAAUCCGCAAUUUCCUUACUUUUACCACAAUCCCAGCAAUUGUGCGACUGUUCAGCAGCGGCGCGACUUUAUUGUAAACUAUCUAAAGAAGAAACACGAUGAAGAGAACUACAAUCCCACUGGCCAGGAGUUGGACAAGGUGGAUGCCGAGAUCCAGUUCUUUAUAAUGCUGUCGCAUCUGUUCUGGAGCCUAUGGUCCGUGGUCAAUGCCACCUCGGCUAUUGAGUUUGGAUAUUGGGAGUAUAAUGAUGCUCGAAUUGUCGAAUACCAAAAGCUAAAGGCAGCCUAUCUGGCAAAAUGAGGCUAAUCGAAAAUCAAGGGUCAAAUAUCAAUAAUCUUUACUUAAAUCGAAUUAGAACCGUAAUUAAGUGGCCUUAAAUAUUAAAGUCCCAAGCUCCCCGCCCGUCAUUGCCCCCUUUUAGAAAUAACUUUGUACGGCACUUUACCCAGUUUGCUAGCAACGAGGUUAUUACACUACUUCAAUAUUUCACAAGGAAAAGGGAAACCGUUCAAAAAGACUUACUUAUUUUUGUAUGGAAAAAUUAGCUAUUUAGAAUUGAUAAAGCUGAUAUUAAAAGUCAUAAUAACAAUUA